AUGUCCACGGCCAACAACACCUCCCUCAAAGGCUUCCUCAUGGACUACAGCAAAGCCACAAUCAGACCACCGCCACUGCCAUGGAUCGACCCACAAGCGCUGGAAGCGUACAAAGCGGGCCCCAGCGAGCCCCAUUACAAGCAGUCGUGGAAGGAUAUCAAGAAAAAGUUUUCAAAGGAAUGGAUCACCAACCCGCUGCCAAAAGCUGACAAGUACUACCGCAUGACACAAGAUCCGAAGGAGCCAUUGAAGACGUUCUUCUACCGAUUCAACAGUGCAGCCCAAAGCGCGAGGGUGGAAUAUUGGAAGUCAGCCAGCAUAUUGGAAGACCACAUCGGGCGUUUUUGCAUGGCUCUGGAAGAUGAAUCGUUGGGAGAUCGCCUGUCUCAAAUGGUGUUCUCGUCCAUUGACGACCUUGACCGACACCUGGACUCACAGCGAAAAAACCAAAUCUUGCGCCAGUUCAAGAACCGUCAGGCUCGACUCUGA